AUGGAGCAACCGACAUUCCACGAAGAGAAUAUUCCUCUCGCCGUUUCACAAACAGAGAAAGGCUGGUCACGAGAUUUCCUCAGUUACCUGGUCGACAACGAGGUCCAAAACCUCAAAGAGCUCGAAGAGAAGGGGUUUGAAUGGGCUCCCAGACUUCGUGGUCAUGACUCGACAUUUGAUAAUCCAAUUGGUUGUCCGUUUAUUGCAGUCACCUGGCUUCCUGAUAAAGCUCUUAAAUGGACUGAAGAGUCUCCUCAGCAACCCCUUCGGAAUAAAAUCCUGGAACAGCUCGCGGAGAUUCAUAUUACCUUGAUUGAAUGUACCAAGCAUACCGGUAUAGACCUCUUUUUUCGUCCACUAUUUUCAUGA